CAUUUACACUAAAUGAAAUAGAAAUAGAGAAUCACAAAAGUGAUCGACUACAAGUGUUAUCUAGAAGGUUGACGUGUGUGGUAGGUGAGGUGACGACGCAUGCAAUAGAGUAAAUACAUCAUUGCCUCUCCCCAACCGCCCACUCCACCGUCUUCGUUUAUGAUUAUAUUACUAAAGUAUAAACAUGGUUCUAUUCUACGUUAGUCAUGUCGAAUGGAAACGUCUCCGAUAUAGUUGAACUUAUAUUAUUCUAUCUAAAAUAUAUAGUAUGGAACUACAUUCUUGUGGCUUUCUCCUAUUCUUAAAAACGGAAUAGGUGUAACCCACAAUUGUAAAUUUAUUGCAGUAAAUACAUCAUUGCCUCUUCCCAACCGCCCACUCCACUGUCUUUGUUCGUGAUUAUAUUACUAAAUUACAAACAGGGUUCUAUUCUACGUUAGUCAUGUCGAAUGGAAACGUCUGCCAUAUAUUUGAACUUAUAUUAUUCUAUCUAAUAAUAUAUAGUAUGUAACUACAUCCUUGCAUUCUCCGUUAAACACCGUUGUUUCUUUCACACUUAAGCUUUUCAUCAAUUCGUUUCUCUCCAUGUUUUCCUUCCUUUGCUUUUGAAUAUGGUUUACCCACAAGCUUUCUAAGGUAUGUCAUUGUUAUUAAGGGACAUAAAAUCACCACGUUAUUUUCUCCAUGAGUUGGAACCGGUAACUUGUUAUGUAGAAGGACAUAACCGACAGAAAAGCAAGCAAAAAGCGAAGGAAUGCAUUACGUCAAAAUCUUGUAUAUUCCCUCGAUUUUUUUUUGUGGCUACUCAGCCAAUUAGCCGUUAAGACAUCAUAAUCAUGGUUUUUUUAACCUUAUACAGUUAUACUCUUAUGUCAAAAAGAUUUUAUUGACUUUUCAUGUAAAUCGAAACUAUAUUCGGUGCGUGAUUACUUUGAGAACGGGCUUGUUUCGGCCUUUCAAAAGGAAUUGGAAAGGCCCGGCCCAUAUUAGUGGUUCACUGUCGCAAACGCUAAAAAACGCAAGUUCUGCGGGAGCGUUGCAGUGCACGAGAGUCUCCCUUUUUUUUUUUUUUUUUUUAAUAAAUAAAAUUCAUUCAUCCACCCUGGGCAUAAACAACGGUUACAAAAGAGAUUUGAGUAAAAUCCGUACGACCUAAGACUGCCCCGCUACACUUCCGAAGGAUACACAGCCGGGUUACUUCGCAAGCUCCGGACCCAACUCUAAAGAAGGACUACACAGACAAGCCGCUUAUCAUAACCCCGGACCCGACAUCCGUGAUCACCGGCUGGUCCCGGUUAAUCGGGGCGGGAGAACAUAGUCUCCGCUCUUUCCUCACUAGUGAACCGCUGAUGAAUUAUGCUCGGGCACAACCGAUAACACAGCACAAGAACACACAACACAUACCACAAACUAAACACAAGACAGAACAACAAAGACUAAACAUACGACUGGAGACUAUACUAAAAGGACGGGUUUGAAUGGUGGCCACAUCACGAGUAUGCUGGAAGGUGACCUGCACAGAAAACAGUUAGAAUUACAACCACUCGGGAAAUCAAAUGACCAAGAACCAAGCGCUGGGAUGUUGAAAUUCAAAGCAAGGAGUCCUCAAGCCAAGGACCACUAGACCAUAAGGAAUCCUAUGACUCGCCAAGCCCAACCUCUGAGAACCAGAGAGCUGACUGCCUCUGAGCUCAUCCAGAAGUUGACGUAGACCAUCGGAAACUUCAGGAAGAGGGCAACACACCAAGCUCGAUGCUGAGAUUACGCGAAAAUCCAAACACGAGGAGCAUACCGAGAUGCCGUGACCAGAGAAGAGCAAAGGGGAAGCAACGGAAACUCAAACUUAGACCAGAGCCAUAGACGACUCCUCGUCUCCGCCGAGCUACAGACUUGCACACGCGGACAUCAAGGAGCCACGACCGACACACGACGACCAUAACCACCUUGCACGCGCCAGAAAACACUGAACCCCUUGGAUGAUGACGACGAGAGGCUUCUCCGCGAGACACCAAGCAGACAAGUGAACUCACGCGCCACCGCCCCACUUAACCCGGAGAUCGCAACGAAGAAUAACAACAAGAAUAACACAGAUCCGGGAGAAGGAGCCUCCUAAGCAAGCCACGCGCCACCAAUCGCAGAGACACGCCGGAGAUCUACAAGGGAAAAAUGAGAUCUGGUGAUGCCUCAAACCCUAAAAACCGACCUCCUGAACUGCUCCACUCGAACACGCCUCACCGAAACUCCAAGAACCCCACGGCCUCCACACACGGCGAGCUCUCCGGAGAUGUGAAGACGAAGGAAGACCAGAGCUUCAAGUAUAUCGAACAGAAGAGUGGAGAAGAAGCAGAAAGCAAAGACAAAAGGAGGAUGAUAAGAGGAGGAGAGCACGCCUCUGACGCCGCCUUACCGACGCCGGAGCAAAACGGAGAGGAAGCAGCGGUUUUAACUUUGGAGAGAAAUGGUUCGAAGAGAUAGAAAAGGUUCUAUCCGCAUUAGAUAGUUUCCAUAUGGAUGAGAGUCUCCCUUUGUUAGAGACCAAGUCAAAAACAAUUGUUUUUUUUUUUUUUUUUUUGCGUUUCGCCUGUUAAAUUUAAUCUUCUGUACUCGAACUUUUGCUUUGUUCUUUUCUAUAAGUUCUGUAUCAUAUGACAUUUUUUUUUGCUAAACUAUGACAUUAUUUUUUGAAUGAAUAAAAUUAAUUCAACCCAAAAAAAUCGUUUUUUACAAUAUGCAGCCCAAAGUUGAGAUCUAUCAAAUAGCUCAACACUUAGCCAACAAGAUUAUAUCAUAACAACACAUCCCAACAGAGAAUGAGUUCACCAUCUUUCCGUUGCCCUUUUAAACCCCUUCCUUUCCCCAUCUGUGCAGGAGCCGCGCGGGGUUCGAGGGUAUGUAUCAAAUGACAUUAAUACGAACGAUUAAACGAAUAUGCUCUAUUAUAAUACGGUAGCCCGCGCCUAAAACAAUCCAGCAACCAAUGAAAAAUUUUAAAAAUCAAAUGAAAAUCAUAAUCUGAAAAAAAGAAAAAGGAAAACAAUAUAUUAUUACCGUUAAACAGGAGAUACGCAGCCACUGGGCAUUCAUAUUUGUGUAUUGGAACUCUCAGAAAAUCUUUCAAAUUUCAAAAGCUCCCAAGGAAAGGCGGGAUUCUCUCCUUUAUUAGUACAACAAUCCAUUCCAUCAUCGGGAGACGCAAACACAUCUCCAGAGAACAACAGGAGGCACUGUUGCGAUGGCGGAUAACACGACCAGCACUAGAAGAAAGCCUCAGAGCUUGAACGAUCGUCACUAUCGUCUCCUCCAGGAUCUCUCCGCGCCUCCUAAACACGCUCCCUCUUCUUCUUCCACCCAUGAAGAAACGAAGAUAAAGCUCGCGGGACGGCGUCGUUUAUGCAAGGCUUCGGUGAAGGAAGAUGUUUCGGAAGAAGACGACGAUCCUGAUUUGGCUGAUUUCGAUUCCCCAGGUAAAGGAGAUACACCACUGGAGAGAGCUGAAACUGGGAACAAGUUCACACCUUGGGAUGAGGAAUCGAAGGAAGCUAAGACAGAGGUGGGUGACUUGCCCAGCUUUUCGAUGAUCACAGACUUUGGUUCUCCCUCACCUCAUCUUGAGCCAAAGGAGGAAAGGCAUGGUGGUGGAGGACAGAAUGAGAUUAUGGAUAUUUUGGAUGAUUUGACCUCUAAGCUUGGGACAAUGUCUAUUAAGAAGAAAAAAGAUAUCCAAAGCAGUGAUUCUGAGAGUGUUAAACCCUCAUUUUCCUUGAUAUCGGAUCUAUCUGAGUCAUCAAGUAAAGCUGGUGCUGAUUGUCUCAGUGACAGGCAAGGGAAUGUUGGUUUUUCCAUCCCGGAAGAGAAAGCUAGUAAUGUGUUUGCAGGAGAAAGGGGGGAAAGAGUUUCACACGUUGGAAAGCAGCAACCUUUUCCUGGUCAGCAGCACUAUGUUGCUAAGUCUGAAGGGUAUAGACCGGACUACAAUCUUGACCGUGGGAAGGGAAAACUCGAAGAAGUCGACCGAAGUCUGAAGACGACUAGACAUGUAGAGGUCAGUGAGAAGCUAAGAUCAGUGGGAAGGUCGAAUGCUGCUAGGCUAAGAGACUUAGACGACGAUGAUGAUGAUGAUUGUGUUGUGUUGACUGGUAAAAAGGCGGCUGAAAUGAAAAUCCAUCUUGAAAAGCCUACAAAGCCAGCUCGGAGUCACAACACUGCAACACAUGCUUAUGAAGAGAAAGUGUCGGAGGAUGAAGGGUCCAUCACUUUCACUGGCCCGAAAUCUUCUUACACACUGCGUGGGAAGAUUGCAACAAUUUUAUAUCCACAUCAGAGGGAAGGGCUGAAGUGGCUCUGGUCAUUGCACAUCCAAGAGAAAGGUGGAAUACUUGGAGAUGAUAUGGGUUUGGGUAAAACUAUGCAGAUAUGUAGCUUUCUUGCCGGUUUGUUCCACUCGAAGUUGAUCAAACGUGCUAUGAUAGUGGCACCAAAAACCCUGCUGCCUCACUGGAUGAAAGAAUUAGCUACCGUGGGACUUUCACAAAUGACUAGGGAAUACUACGGCAAUUCUGUAAAAGCCCGAGAGUAUGAUCUCAACCACAUUCUACAGGGUAAAGGUGUUCUUCUUACGACUUAUGAUAUCGUGCGGAACAAUACAAAGGCUUUGCAAGGUUAUCAACUCUAUACUGAUGAUGAUGACGAAGAUGACAUCAAAUGGGACUACAUGAUUCUGGACGAGGGACAUCUUAUUAAAAAUCCCAGCACACAAAGGGCCAAGAGUUUGCUUGAGAUUCCAAGUUCCCACCGUAUAAUUAUAAGUGGUACACCAAUCCAGAAUAAUUUAAAGGAAUUGUGGGCUUUGUUCAAUUUCAGCUGCCCCGGGCUCCUUGGUGACAAGAAAUGGUUUAAGGACAAUUAUGAGCAUUACAUUCUUCGUGGAAAUGACAAAGAUGCUUCUGAUAGAGACAAGCGAAUAGGCUCAACAGUAGCAAAGAAAUUGAGGGAGCAUAUUCAACCUUUCUUCUUGCGGCGCCUUAAGAGUGAAGUCUUUGGUGAUGAUGCCACAACCUCCAGACUUUCAAAGAAGGAUGAAAUUGUUGUAUGGCUACGGUUAACAGCUUGCCAGAGGCAAAUAUAUGAGGCUUUCUUAAACAGUGAAAUUGUUCUGUCAGCUUUUGAUGGUUCGCCAUUAGCAGCUCUUACGAUUUUGAAGAAAAUAUGUGAUCAUCCGCUUCUCUUGACUAAGAGGGCUGCUGAGGACGUCCUCGAAGGAAUGGAAUCAACAUUAACACAGGAAGAAGCAGGCGUGGCAGAGAGAUUGGCUAUGCAUAUUGCAGACAAUGUGGAUACAGAUGAUUUUCAGACCAAGAAUGACAGUAUCUCUUGCAAAUUGACAUUUAUCAUGUCACUACUGGAAAAUUUGAUUCCAGAAGGGCACCGUGUUCUAAUCUUCUCCCAGACACGCAAGAUGCUAAAUCUCAUUCAGGAUUCUCUUACUUCCAACGGUUAUAGUUUCUUGCGGAUUGAUGGUACAACAAAAGGCCUUGACAGAUUGAAGACUGUUGAAGAAUUUCAAAGUGGUCAUGUGGCGCCUAUAUUUCUUCUCACAUCUCAAGUAGGUGGUCUCGGCCUUACUUUGACAAAGGCAGACCGCGUGAUUGUGGUUGACCCGGCUUGGAAUCCAAGUACUGACAACCAGAGCGUUGAUCGAGCAUACAGAAUUGGGCAAACGAAGGAUGUCAUUGUGUAUAGGUUAAUGACCUCAGCAACUGUCGAAGAAAAGAUUUACCGAAAGCAGGUUUACAAGGGAGGCUUGUUUAAAACCGCGACUGAGCAAAAAGAACAAAUCCGCUAUUUCAGCCAACAGGACCUUCGAGAACUUUUCAGUCUUCCUAAGGGAGGAUUUGAUGUUUCACCUACACAACAGCAACUAUACGAAGAGCAUUACAACCAGAUCAAACUAGAUGAAACUCUGGAAUCACAUGUUAAGUUCCUGGAAACUCUGGGUAUAGCUGGAGUGAGUCAUCACAGCUUACUCUUCUCCAAGACUGCUCCUAUUCAACCUAUACAACAGGACGAAGUAGAAGAAAUAAGGAGAAUAACAACAUCAUUCGUGGGAGGUCCAUCAGCAAAAUCUUCACAGGAAAACAUGAUCAAUGGGGCUGUGUAUGCUUUCAAACCAAAGGACGUGAAUUUGGACAAGAGAAUCAACAUUUCUCCAAUCGAUGAGAGUGAAUGGUCGGAAAGCGAGAUUAAAGCAAGAAUCAGUAGACUAUCUAUGCUAUUCCAGAACAAGAGUAUGGUCGCAAGUUUACCUGACAGAGGAGCGAAAAUACAGAAACAGAUUGCUGAAUUGACUCGAGAGCUAGAAGAAAUAAAGGCAGUAAAAAGCAACGAUAUGCCUCAUCAAGUUAUUGACUUGGAGGAUAUAAGCCAGAAGAUGCACAAAGGAUUGAAUCUGUUGGAGUAAGAUGAGAAAAAUGCGAUGACCAACGUACGCUUUAUUGCUAUUUUUUUUGUUCCUCGCCAGAUCUUUGAUUGGUUGAGGUCAUGAGUUGACAAGUCAAUUACCAAAUGACUUGUUGCUCAAGCUAUAAACGGCUAUUGAUAUUUCUCCGGUGUAUUAAACCAGAUAUUUUUCUUUUCAUCUUGAGCGCAGACCGUAAUCAGUAAAACGAAUAUUUCAACACCACAUUAUAUAAAUCUGAUAUUAAAUUUCAUAA